AUGAGUUCUGUCGACUGGGAUGAAGUCAAAAGGCUAGCUGCUGACUUUCAGAAAGCGCAGCUCAGUUCAACGUUACAAAAGCUGUCAGAACGUAACUGCAUAGAAAUUGUAACCAAGCUAAUAGAAAACAAAUUAUUAGAUGUAAUAUUUACGAAUGAUGGCAAGGAGUAUGUUACACCUCAGCAUCUCGGAAAAGAGAUUAAAGAUGAAUUGUACAUACAUGGUGGCAGAAUCAAUUUAGUUGAAUUGGCACAAAUUCUUAAUGUCAGCCUGUCUCAAGUAUCUAAGGCAGCCAAUGACAUAGAGAAGCACAGCAAAGGAUUAAAAAUAAUCCUUGGACAACUUAUUGAUAAAACCUAUACAAACAAAGUAGCUGAAGAAAUCAAUGACAAACUGGCACAACAUGGUUUGAUUAAUGUAUCAGAACUGACUGUACAUUACGAUUUGCCAGCUGAAUUUUUGCAGUCUUUAAUUGAAAGAGAAUUAGGAAAGAUAAUAUGUGGAAAACAGGAUACUCAGAACUCUAGGGUGUUUUACACAGAAAGCUUCAUAGCGAGAAAUAAAGCAAAGAUACGGGGCGCCUUAUCUGCUAUCACGAAGCCCACACCAUUGUCUGCAAUUUUAGGACAAUGUUCUAUUUCAGAAAGGAUAUUCUUUUCAAUACUGGACAGCUUGCAAGAAACGAGACAAAUUCCUGGUAUUGUAGCAGGAAAACAGGGGACAAAUUGUCUUUACGUGCCGACUAUAUACUCUAAAAGUCAGAACGAAUGGGUGGAUAACUUUUACAAACAGAAUGGUUAUUUAGAAUACGACGCCCUUACUCGUCUUGGGAUAUCAGAUCCGCCGAAUUUUGUGAAGCGCCAUUUUCCAAACGAAGAUAUAGCCUUCCUUGAUUCCGUUGCCGUGGGCACAAGUAUUAGGGAUCAGAUAGACUCAAACAUCGAAGAAGCUAUAGUAACUGGAUCGUUUGUCGACAUAAGCCCGCUUCUACCAUCUGUAUUCUCCGACAAAGACAUGGAAAUGCUUCUUAAAAUUGCGGAGAAGAAGAUAAAUAACAGCACGCAUGUAUUUGCAAAAACUGUGGUGAUGUCCGACGCAUAUUUGCAGUCUUUAAACAAAUCGUUUGAGGCAAUUGCUGAGGCGAAGGCCAGGGAAGCAGUGGCUAGUGGACAAUGGUUUCAAACUAUAGCGCAGAAUAGAAUUAAAUCUAAAUCAGCCGAUUUAAUACUCGAGAGCAAGAACAGCAGAAAAGACGAACGUCGAAAGAAGGCAACAAGUGGUAAAGCCGGUGGCGGGAGUCAAGGAAGAGAGACGAAAACGAAAUCUACUAAAAAGAAAUAUCUACAAGGAAAAAUUCGCGACGAUUCAGAUGAUGAGAAUAUGAAAAUCGCGCCAACGAAAAUUGAAUUAAAAUUAGUAUCAUUGGAAGAUAUAAAAAAUGAAAUUGCAAAAGAUGAUAAUUUAUCGAUAAUUGACGAAUUAAUAGAGGAACUGGCAUUGUACUUAGAACAAAAAGUGAAUGCCUAUGCUAUAUCAAUCGCAGAUCAAUUAGCGCAAAAUAAUAAGACUACUAAUCUGAGUGAAGUUGAAGAACGUUUAAAUAUGUUGCUAACCAAUAUUAAGAUAUUUGACAAAGGAAUCAAGCAUAUGGACAAGGCAGAUCAACCAGUUUUAACGAAAUACUUGUUAAAAUCUCUUGGUACUGAUUUUGUGAACGAACUAUUCAAGUUAGCCGCACUGCAGAAUAUGCUUCAAUUCCCCGAGAACAUCACCACCGAAACGAGGCAAAAAAUGUUGCUCGAUGUACCAGAAGACGUGAAGGAGCCUUUAUCCAAUAUACAUAAAUCUAUUGCUGGGAACUCCGUAGACGACUUCAUGAAUUUUGUAGACGCGGCAAUGGCAACUUGUUGUCUAGUACUAAGGAAAUAUGAUAAGAAGAAAGAAAGGCCAUUUAUUUUGGGUCACAGAGAAGCCUUGUUAGAAGAACUUAAUUCUACUCAAGAUCCUGCACUGGCGUUGCAUUUAGUUACCAGCAUAUUGUUCUCAACAGCAACGCAAAGUGUUCUACAUAUGUCGGGAAGACACGUAUCUAUGGUCCUUUCAUUUCUUCGAACGCAAGUCCAAGCGCCAACAAUGGAGACAUUAUCGAAAUAUCAUGAUAUGGUAUUAAAAAGUUUGACUUGUUCCGAUGAAGAAACAAAGCUCGAAAUUCAAGAAGCUUUAGAAGUUGGAUUGUUAGAUAUUAAAAAUAUCGCGAAUAAUUAUAAAGAACAAUUGAAGAGUGAAAAAUCGCAAGAAUAGAAAUACACGUAAUUGUACAUAAAGAGGAACAUUAUUAAAAUUUAUUCAAAAGAUUUAUACUAUGUUUUGCAAUAAACUAUCUUAAAAGACAAAAGCA